AUGGCAACAGCGUCAGAUCUAUUCUCUGGAGCACAAGACGUUAAACGAUGUCAACUUUGCCCUGGAAAAACUAGAAAAUCCACAGCAGAAACUGUGUGUAACACUUGUCAGGUCAAUCUCUGUAAGGAAUGUGUAGGUCACCAUAUGAUCUCCGAUCCAAAUUUAAGACAUGAUGUUGUUACUUUUGAGUUCAAAAAAUCUGAAAUCAUCCCACCACUGUGUUGUAUCCAUCAAGAACAAAUAAGUGACCUGUUUUGUGAAGAAUGUGACUCUUUACUUUGUUUGAAAUGCCUUGCAUCUGGAUCACAUGAAAAGCACACUGUCUUACAAAUUUCUAAAAUUUAUAGCUCAACAAAAGCUCUCAUAAAAAAAGACUUAGAUGAACUUGAAGCAGACAUUGCGCCUGUGUAUGAAUCAAUUGUGUCUGGAAUCGAAGCAACGUCAUUAAGUAUAAUCGAAAAACAUGAUGAAAGACGGAAAACUAUGCAUGACCUCAGUAAAACAUGUCACACAAUUAUAGACAAGGUCUUUGAAAAGUAUCAGCGUGAUUCAAUAAGAAAUGAAAGAAAGGAUACCGACUCAAUACAGAAUUUAAAAUUAUAUUUUCAGAAGAAACAAUCCUUAAUUCGGUCAGCAAUAGAUAAAAAUCGCUCGAUCCUUUCUUCAAAUGAUCUAUCCCAACUUGUUAGAUACACUUCCAAAAAUGAAGAAUUUCGAAAUAUUCCUUCCAGAUUUGAAUUAACCGUGUCUUCAUUUAAUCCUAGAGAACUUACAGAGCAAGGUCUGUGUCAAAUAAUUGGAGAGAUUCCGGACACAAAGAAAACUUUAAUUAAUGGAGAGGUCUUAAAAUCUAACCAAUCAUUUGUCUUAAAGAGUAUACAUACAUGUGAAAAUACGUCUUUGUCACUUGAAGUUGGAAGUAAAUGUACUGAUGAUAGAUUUCCAAGAGCUCAGGUAGCUUGUAUUCCUGACACUAAUCAAUUCUUUGUUAGUGAUAACAGUGGUAUAGUUAAACACAUGAACUCCGAAGGUAAACUGCUUAAGGAGAUCACCACCACAACAAGAUCCGCACCAGCUGAUUUGACCGUAACCAGAGAGGGACAUUUGGUGUACAUUGACGGGGAUGAUAGAAGUAUCAAUAUUGUCAAGGGCGACAAGACGGAAUGCCUUAUAAGGGAAAAAGACUGGAUACCUGGUGCCAUAUGCUGUACCUCCACUGAUGACUUUCUGGUACAAUUGAGAUCCGAAUACAGAGUGGAAAUGCCAACAAAAAGAAAAAUUACUCGUUUUUCUGGCUCUACUGUUAAGCAGGAAAUACAAUUAAAUACCAAAAACAAAAAAAUAUUAACAUCUCAUCUGGCGUUCAUUCAUGAAAAUAAAAACCUUGACAUCAUCUUGAGCGAUAUGCAUACAGAAUCGGUAAGAGUGUUAAGCAGUGAAGGACAGUUAAGGUUCACGUAUGAUGGAAACCCUCUUUUAAUGCAUUCAAAGAAAUAUGGAAAAUUUAUUCCUCGUGAUGUUACCACAGACAGAAAGGGUCAUAUUUUAAUUGCCGAUAGUGGUGCCAAUAUCAUACAUAUAAUUGAUCAGGAUGGACAAUUCCUUCUAUGUAUAGACAACUGUGGAUUACAAAAACCAUAUGGUCUUAGUAUAGACAAAAAUAACAUUUUGUUUGUUGCUGAACUGAAAACAAAAGCUAUCAAACAAAUUAAGUUUAUGUUGAAAUAG